GAAAAACCGGAUUUUCCUGUCUGUAGGUUCAAAAGACAGAAUGACCCGAGUUCUACUCCACUUUCUCUCUCACUCAGAGCCGCACGGAGCUUCACAGAGGCAGCAGCGACGUAAAAGAAUGAAGGUCGCCUCAUUCAACGCCAGACGUUUCGGAAUAAAGAAAUGUACAGAUGCCGAAGUGUUCCCAAUCAUCACAAAGAUUGCCUCUCGUUAUGAUAUCAUCGUUCUACUGGAGGUCUUUGAUGCAAAGGAGAAAGCAGCAAAAUUGCUUGUGGAGAAGCUAAAUAACACAUGUGAAGAUGGUGCGUCUUAUAAGUACGUCAUAAGCAAACCCUUGGGAAGGAAGGAAUAUAAGGAACAAUACCUCUUUGUCUACCGAGCAGACUUGGUGGCAGUGAUGGAACAGUACCAGUAUGAAGACAUGCAGCAUGGAGACGAGGAUUCAUUCGCACGCGAACCAUUUAUCAUCAGAUUUGAAUCAAAAAAGCUUGCUGUAAAGGAUUUUGUCCUUAUCCCGGUACACACCACACCCAAAGACUCUGUGCAAGAGAUCGAUGAGCUGUAUGAUGUCUAUCUGCAUGUUAAAGAAAAGUGGGGGACGGAGAAUAUUAUUUUACUUGGGGAUUUUAAUGCGGAUGGAGCAUACGUCUCAAAUAAGAGAAUGAAAACAAUAAGACUGAGGACCGAUCCGUGCUUUCAUUGGUUAAUCUGUGAUGACACUGACACUACUGCCACCAACACAACUGACUGCUCUUAUGAUCGGAUAGUUGUCCACGAGGCUCUGAUGAAGUAUAUUGUCCCUAAUUCUGCCAAGCCUUUUAACUUCCAGCAAGAAUACAAACUGACAGAUGAUGAGGCUCUGGCAGUAAGCGAUCACUAUCCUGUGGAAGUAGAACUAAGCAGAAGCAAAGGCAAAGCAGCAAAGAAGAAAUAAUCCUGAAAUUGUAUCAUCGGUUCCCCCAUUUCUUUAGGGUCAUCGACUCACAACACAGACUCUUUCUCUACACCCAGGUUCAAUCACUUGGGCCCAUGAGAAUAUAGCUACAACACGUCAAAAUUAGAGAUGAGCGGGUUCGGGGUUUUACUCGGAUUUACUCGUUCUCAAAACGGCAUCUUAUUAGCUAUCCAAAACAAAAGACAUCCGUGAGCCAAUAAGAUGCCGUUUUGAGAGCAGAGUAAAACUGAACCCGCUCAUCUGUAGUCAAAAUAGAGAACACUGAUCCCUACAAAAAUCUGUACACACCACAUGUAUUGCCAAUGCAGUGUCACAUUCCAGGGUCUUUCAUUUCCUGUAUGGUGUUGACAUUCAUAUUCAGAUGGGUUGUGAAGUUCCUGGCCUGUCAUAGCGUUCCUGUUCGUUGCUGAGCCAGCUGCAUGGGAGCAGCCAUGUUGUUUCCAUGUCAGGUGACUGCAUCUCCCAACCUAGUUCAUGCUUCCAGUAGUAGACACGUGCUCUCUAUUUAAACCUUCAUCUGUGGUUCAGUCGACAGAACAACUUGCUCCCUAGCGUAGUGAUACUCAAACUCAGUCAUCAAGGAACGAUAACAGUCCAGGUUUUAAUGAUAUCCAUGCUAGAGCACAGGUGCUUUAAUUAGUACUUCAGUCAAUUUGAUUUAACCAUCUGUGCUCAACCAUUGAUAUUUUUAAAACCUGGACUGUUAUGAAGUGUUGAGGGCCGAGAUUGGGAACCACUGCCCUAGUGUGCUCCUCUCUGACCCUGGUCACCUUGUGUGAUUACAUGCACUCGGCUCUUCAGUAUCCAGCCAGUGCUCCUGUGGCCAGUACUGCUACCACAUUUAGCGCAUCUGCUGUCAUCCAGUGUUUCUGUCUGCUGCCUGAGUCCUGUUGCUCGGGUGGUCUUCAGUUUGCUGGCUGUCGGGAUCCCGACGCACAGUAUACCGGCACCGGAAUCCCAACACCCGGCAUAUCGACAUCUUUUCUCCCUCUUGGGGGUCCACGGCCACCCUGGAGGGAGAAUUGAUAGCGUGGCGCGCAUAGCGAGCCCGCAAGGGGCUCAUUUGCUGGUGGCCGGGCUCCGCCGGCAUGCUGGCCACUGGCAUACCAUACUACACCCCUGUUGCUCUACCUGCUCUCUAUGCUGUUACCACCAGUGGGCACCAUUACUCGGACACUAGCUGCACUCAGUGGGUGGCACAGCAGGACAGGGAAAGCAGGGGCCCUAGAAACUCUGCCCGCACGCAUCACAGUAGGCCCAUGAGAACAGGCAGGAAAAUACAUGGACAGUGAUAUGAUCACUAGUGUUUCCUACAUAAGAGAUUAUGUUUAAUGAAAUGCAGGAAAUGUUUUCCAAAGUGCCCCUAAUGUCAGAACUUAUGAACAUCAGCCUAUGACGGUGCAUGUUAAAUUAUAUAAUAAUGUUGUAAAACAUGAAAGGCUUCCGGUGUGGCCGGGGAUGGUUGCAUGCUCACAGAGCUCCCAUCUUCAGCUGCACACUCAGCCUGCAUCCUGCCGCCGCCAGCACUCCAGGGACCGAGCACCGUAUCGUCAGCGACCACGGUGCCUGACGCAACCAUCAUCUGUGUCCCCAGAGCCCUGAAGCUGCCCACUGAGCACCAACUCUACCCCAUGCCGAGAGGAGUGGAGGCCUGAUGGAGAAGGCUCAGAUCAUCAGUGAGAAGGAGUCCUUGCCGGCAGGAGGAGCAGAGAGGAAAGAGCACCGGGACCUGCCCACGGCCACUAUUUUGCUGCCUCCCCGUUCAUCAGUCACUGGUCCCUCUGCGCUGGGAGGAAGGGUAUCAGCAAGCUCUCCCCCCUGCGCCACAGGCCACCCUGCCUACAGUAUUUCCCCACCAGCGGUACCCUCCAGCUAUCGGGAUACGGUCAUUAGGUUGACAACACUUAGGUCAACAUGGUCACUAGGUCGACAUGAGUUUUUAAAAAAGACAAAUCAUUUUUUUUUUACUUUUUCAUACUUUACAAUCCACGUGGACUACACUUGAGAACGGUAACCUGUGCAGAGCGCAGCGGUAGCGGAGUGAGGAACCUUUCCCAAAGGAUGGUGAACGAAGCGAGCCAUGCGAGGGGACACGGUGCACUAAUUGGGGUCCCCUGUCACUUUACGAAGAAAACAACACCAAAAAAAAAAGUAAAAAAAACCCCUCAAGUUGACCUUUUUCCAAGUCGACUUAAGUGUGCUCAACCUAAUGACCCAUACCCCAGCUAUCCGCCAGGUGCAACAUCGUCCGCAUUUGGCAUCUUGGCGGCCUGGACCCGACCUUUCUGCACCCUGCUGCUCCGGACGCCGCUAUCAUCUUCGGCCAUGAAAUUGACCUUCUACAACCCUGCAGAGACUGCCGGACCACCGGACGUCUCACCCAACCUCCCAGCUACAUUGGCCUCCACACCGACUCCCUGGACCACCUUCGGCACUGGUAAAUUCUGGACUCUCUAUAUUAGGCAUGUCAAACUCGUGGCCCUCCAGCUGUUGUGAAACUACAAGUCCCAGCAUGCUUUGCCAGAAACCUUCCACUGAUCAGCUGGUAAAGCAUGCUGGGACUUGUAGUUUCACAACAAUAAUAUAGUAUGUACUUUCUGCCUGCCCCCACCACCCAAUGCCUUCUGUAGUCCUCCUCUCCGUCAAAUCGGGUAUAAUCCGUGGUGGAACCCCGCCCUAUCUGCAUCACCGUGCUGUAUUUACUGCUCCCUGAUUUACACCAUGUACUUCUGCCACACUGUAUGCUAUACCUCCACUGACGGGCAUCCUCCGUGGGCAGGUUGUACUUCAUGUGGCUCUAUUCAAACAGGGUAUAUCAUUCCGCCACACGUAUCAGUUUACCCAUGUAUGCCUUGGGUCCUUGUAUGGCUCACCUCCCACAGCAUUUAACUGUUGUAGCGCACCCAACAUGGCAGCCUAACCGUGAUGUAGUCAGGAUCCCGACGGUCGGAAUCCCGGCAGUCAGAAUAUAGAUGCUGGGAUCCCAACCGCUAGAAUGCCGGCAGCGCCACCACAACAAUUUCCACUCCUGGGUGUCCACAACAUGGAGUGGGAAUAAAACCUGUGGCGAGUGCAAGCCACCAAGCCCACUGCAUAGCGAGCCCACAAGGGGCUUCAUUUCUCAUGCUCGUGGUUGGGAUUGAAUUAUUUUUUAUUUUUUUUAAAUGGAGCUGAUGGUUAGGGUGGGAUCCUACUCAUUGUGUCAUCUCUCCUAAGUGCCACCUAUUGCACCCAAGCUGCAUCAUCUAGUACCAUGUGCAGAUUGUAUGUAUGUAUGUAUGUAUGUAUGUAUGUAUGUAUGUAUGUAUGUAUGUAUGUAUGUA